AUGGAGCUAAGGGUUGGCGGUCGAUAUCGAUUAGGCCGAAAGAUUGGCAGCGGGUCUUUUGGUGACAUAUAUCUAGGACAAAAUAUUUCAACACAAGAGGAAGUCGCUAUAAAGUUAGAAUGUGUGAAGACAAAACACCCGCAACUUCAUAUUGAAUCAAGAUUGUACAAAAUGAUGGCUGGUGGUGUUGGCAUACCCCAGAUCAAAUGGUGUGGAUACGAAGGAGAGUACAACGUUAUGGUCAUGGAAUUGUUAGGACCAUCUUUGGAAGAUUUAUUCAAUUUUUGUUCUCGAAAGUUUACGCUUAAGACUGUUUUGCUGUUGCUUUCCCGAAUUGAAUACAUUCAUUCGAAAGAUUUUAUUCAUCGCGAUAUUAAACCAGAUAAUUUUUUGAUGGGUCUUGGCAAGAAAGGCAAUUUAGUAUAUAUUAUUGAUUUUGGUUUGGCGAAGAAGUAUCGCUGUAGUAGAACGCAUUCACAUAUUUGCUAUAGAGAAAACAAGAACCUCACCGGCACUGCUCGUUAUGCUUCUGUUAAUACACAUCUUGGAAUUGAACAAAGUAGAAGGGAUGACUUGGAGUCGCUAGGCUAUGUUCUAAUGUAUUUUAACCGGGGUACUCUACCGUGGCAAGGUCUCAAGGCAGCUACCAAGAGGCAGAAGUAUGAGAAGAUAUCGGAGAAAAAAAUGGGGACGCCUGUGGAAGAACUAUGUGCUGGUUAUCCAGAGGCUUUUGCUGUUUACCUAAAGUAUUGUAAGGGGCUUGGGUUCGAGGAACAUCCUGAUUAUUCGCAUUUGCGCCAGUUAUUCCGUAAUUUGUUUCAUCGUCAAGGGUUCACAUAUGACUAUGUAUUUGAUUGGAAUCUUUUGAAGACAGCAAAAAGGGUACAACAAACUGCUCCGUCGCAGCUGCCUCAACCGCGAAUGGUUAUUGAUUAA